CAGCACCAACCGCCCGCUCUCCGCUUUCACUUCCGCCUCGUCCUCUGCCGACUCCCUCCCGCACUUACGCACGUCUGUCCCGCACCCCGCUCGCCAUGCCUCCCCGAAUGGAAUCCCUGUGCAACCGCUCCUUCGAGACCCUCAAUUACUUCCACCAGAAUGGCCUGCUCGAUAUCCAACGACUGCACGACGCCAAAGGCAUCCUCAUCAUGAAGAUUGGUCAGCUCGGCCUCAUCCACUGCUCCGUCCGGACAGGCUCCGGCAUUCUGUUUUCGCGACUCGCCAACCGGUCCUGGUCGGCCCCGUGUGCAAUCGAGUGCUAUGGCAUGGGCGUCGGAUGCAUGGCUGGCAUCGAGGCCUCAGAAGUUGUGAUGCUCCUGAACAACGAUGCAGCCAUUCAGUCGUUCACAUCCACCAACAACCUGACGAUCGGCGGCGAGCUGUCGGCGGCUCUCGGCAGCAACGGACGGUCAACCGGCGUCUCAACGUCGCUCUCACGGCCAUCGGAGGCAGUCGUGUCCCUGGCCCGAUCCAAGGGCAUCUACCUCGGCGCCUCGAUCGACGGCGUCAUCAUCCACCCCGCCAAGAGCGUCAACAAGCUCUUCUAUGGCAUCGUCCUCCACUCGCAAGAUAUUCUCAGCGGCGUCAUGCCCGCUCCGGCCGUGGCCGGGGGUGUAUACGAGCUCCUGCGCCAGUAUGAGCAGCUGGCGAUUACUCGACAGCAGCUCCUUGCCAACAUGACACCCGUUGUGACGGUACCGUACCUUGUGUACUCCAUCAACAGCAAGUCAGGCGGCGAUGAUGAGGAUGCCGUCCCACCCUCAUAUCCCGAGGCAGCGGCUCAACGCACUCUCAGCUAUACCGCGGUGCCCCCAGAAAAGGUUUGAGCUUGCUGCAAGAGCAACGCAAGUGCAACAGUAACAGCAACAGUAACAGCAACAGUAACAGUAAUAGCAGUAGCAAGAGCAAUAGCAGUAGCAGCAGCGAUAGCAGUAGCAGCAUGGCCACCCUGAUGGUCCCCAUGUCGACCACCCUUCUUCUGAUGGAACUGCUCGGGCAGCCUGAGGAAGCCUCGGAUGACGAGACUCGAGGCACAAUCCUCACCCUGCCCCCACGAGAUGGUUGGUCGUUGUGAACAAGCGAUGGCUGUGUAUUCUUGUCAAAAGGGAACAUCACUUACAAUCAAAAGCACAUUCGGGCUGUCCCGUUUCAUUUUGUG